AUGAAGGCGUACCCUGCCCCGUUGUCGGUGAUGGUCAGCCACCCAAGUGUGUUCCAGGUGCCCCCAGGUGUGCCCAGGGGACAGGGAGGGGACAGGAGCCCCCAGGACAGAUGGGGACCCUCCGUGGGACCCUCGGUGUGGCUGGGCCGUGUCACGGCGCCUUGGGGACAUCCAGCACGGCCAAGGACUUGUCACAGGGCCACCAUUGUCACCAGAGCCCCGUCACGGGGCCACGGCCACCAUCGCUGUUCCCUCUGUGGCACUGUCCCUGCAGUGUCCCUGCAGUGCCACCAUCGAUCAGUGUCCCCAUGGGGACUCUGUCCCCUCGUGCCACCAUCGCUGUCCCCGCAGUGUCACCGCUGUCCCCUCUCUCCCACAGAUCCCCAGUGGUAUCCAGCGAGGCAGUCCCUGCGCCUGGACCCCAAGGGCCGCUCGCUGAAGGACGAGGACGUGCUGCAGUCGCUGCCCGUGGGCACCACGGCCACGCUCUACUUCCGGGACCUGGGGGCGCAGAUCAGCUGGGUGACGGUGUUCCUGACGGAGUACGCCGGCCCUCUCCUCAUUUACCUGCUGUUCUAUUUCCGGGUGCCGUUCCUGUACGGGCCCCGCUACGNUCUCUCAGGGCACCGACACCGUGUGACAUUUUCGAGGUGUCAUUGUCACCUGGGUCACCUGCCUGUCCUCCCAGUGUCCCUGGUGUCCCCAAUGUCCCCAAUGUGUCCCCAGAACUGCACCUACUACUGGGGCUUUGCUGCGUGGAUGGCGUAUUACAUCAACCACCCGCUGUACACCCCGCCAGCCUACGGUGACGAGCAGGUGAAGCUGGCGCUGGCCGUGUUCCUGGUGGGUGCUCACGGGGACGGGGGGACACGGCGGCGUGUCCCCUCACUGUCCCCGUGUCCCGCAGUGGCGCUGUUCUCGCUGGUGGGGUUCGUGCAGAUGGCGAUCUGGGCUCAGGGCAAGCACCGCAGCUACCUGCGGGAAUUCCGGGACUACCCCCCGCUGCGCUCGCCCAUCGUCCCCUUCCUGCUGUGACACCCCGGGGACAGCCCCCGGUGUCCCCUCCCUGCUGUGACAUCCCCUGGGGACAGCCCCAUCUGUCCCUGUCAGUCCUGCCCCGAGCCCUGGGGACACUGCGGGGACAGGGGACACGAGCCCGUUGUCACCCCGCUGCUCACAGCAGGACACGGGGACGCUGUCCCUUGUCACCCCCGGGCGCCAUCCCCGCUGUCCCCUCCCUGGUGGCAGUCACAGGGACAGCGGUGGCACUGACCCCAGCCACCGCUGGUGACAGCGCGGUGUCACCGCACCCCCGCAGGUGACAAUAAAUGACAUCCCCCCA